AAUGCAGUCCGAUUUAUAUAAUUACUGCAUAUGUGUACAGCAAAUUUAUUUAAAAUAUAUGAAUGAUUAAUCCAAAAUUUGCGUUUUUUCCGAAUUGUUAUUCAGUUAACUUAUCCUCUAAUUACGCACUUGACUUUGUUCAAAACUCACUUGUUCAAUCAGGUAAGUCACCAUCAAUUAAUUAUCCUGCAUAAUUAAUUAUGGUAUUGAUACGCAUUCUUUUUUAGGUGAUGCAUUAUGAAAAGCCGCGCUUUCGCCGAUAUUUAAUACGUUCUUUAGCAAAUCUCCGCAGACUUCUAAUCACAAUUAGGAAGAAUGGCAGAUCCGUUGAACGUUGAAUCCAAUGCCCAGAAAUCCUUUGCCAAAGUCGAAUGUGAAAAAAGGAGGAAAAACGAAAAGUCGAGCGUAAUAACAGAGUGUGAAGAAUUGUUAACGGAAUACAAGGAGAAAUCGGAGAAUGUAAACGCGAAUCUAACAACGGAGCUUGGUUCGCGUACCGAAGAGAAUCGACCGACUAGAAGGGAAACGACGUGCCUAGAGUGCGACCAUUGUCGCCGCAAGUUCCUGAAGAAGAGCAACCUCGCCGAACACCUGAAACAGCACAGGCACAAGUGCUCCGAUUGUCCCAAGACCUUUAGCCUUCGGCGUUAUCUGGUCUCUCACGUUGAGAAGAGCCAUCAGCAGCAAAUGUACGAAUGCAGCGUGUGCAAGUACAAAAGCAACAACAAGGGCACCCUGAAGAAUCAUUAUAUUCGGCUGCAUACAAGCAAUUACGAUUACGCGUGCGACACGUGCGGCAAGCAGUUCAAGAUAAAGAAGGCUUUGAAUCACCACGUGAAACAGAACCACAGCGAGGCUCCGCCGAUCGUGUGCGACGUCUGCGGUCACUUCAGCAAGAAUCUCCAUGCUCUCAAGGCUCACAUGAAAUAUAGGCACUAUAAGCCGGAGUUCGUCUGCCAGAUAUGUCGACGGGGUAUGACCACUCAAGAGAACCUGCGGCGGCAUCUCAUGUGGCACGAAACCAGAGAGAAGGUACUCUGUCCGACGUGUGGCAAGAGGUUCCGAGGGCGCGACCUCGAUUCGCAUAUGAGAGUGCACACCGGGGUGAAAGCGUUUCCCUGUCCUGUCUGCGGAAAGACGUUUCGACGGCAAACUGCUCAGGAGCAGCACGUGUUGAUUCACACCGGAAAGAGACCUUACAUUUGCGAUAUUUGCGGGCAAGCGUUCGCCCAAAAGCCCGGCCUAAUUUGCCACAGAAAAAGACAUCCCGGCCCGCUGCCACCGCUACCUGUAGUUUCCAUCAAAAACAUUGUUACGGAAUUCACAAAAGAGUACGCCACGAAAAACGCGGUCACAAAGACUGAAUAAAAUGCCCAA